AUGUUUGCCAGUCACUGCGAGCUCGAGCUCGACCUUGGCCUCAUCAGCAUCCACCUCAAGCCUGACUUCCCUGCGUCUUCUUCUGCAACAUCCUCCGCCUCCUCAAGCUCACUCGGAUUCCGUGGUGGAGUGAACACUGCAGGAUAUGAUUUUUCUGUGUAUACGGAUGGAUCAUUUAGUGGGACCGGUGUAACCCCACCAUCAUCUCAGUAUGCCCAUUUUGCUAAUCAGGGUGCUAAUGUCUUCCGUAUUCCCUGGCAAUUGAUGACUCCUACUGUUGGCGGAACCAUCGACAGUACCUUCUUUGCGGAAUAUGAUGCGACUGUACAAGCAGCUCUUGCUUCCGGGGAUGAUGUUUAUGUUAUUCUUGACCUUCACAACUACGCGCGUUGGAAUGGCGCCGUUGUCGGUCAAGGAGGGCCUACCAACGACGAGUUUGCCAGUCUCUGGAGUCAGCUUGCAACAAAAUACGCAAGUAAUGACCGCAUUAUCUUUGGUCUCAUGAACGAGCCGCACGAUCUCUCGUCCCUUUCUGACUGGGCCGAUUCUGUGCAGGCUGCCGUCACAGCCAUUCGUCAAGUGGGCGCAACCUCCCAAUAUAUGCUCCUUCCUGGCUCGUCGUAUUCUUCUGCCGGAACCCUGCCGACAGAGGCUGGACCGUACCUCUUGGAUGUAACUGACCCCUCCGGUGGAAGUGACAAACUUCUCUUUGACGUCCACAAGUACCUCGACUCAGACGGCAGCGGUACGAGCACGGAAUGCGUGACUGAUAACGUCGACGUCCUUACUACUCUAGUUGCCUGGCUGAAAACCAACAGCAGGCAGGCGUUCCUCAGUGAGACUGGUGGAGGAAGUACUGCAUCAUGCGAGAGCUAUCUCAAAAGCGAAUUGGCUUAUGUUAAAUCCAACUCUGACUAUAUCGUCGGUUUCACUGCUUGGGCUGCAGGAGCCUUUGAUACCACCUACGCUUUGACCAUCACACCAAACUCUGACGGUAGCGACCAGGCUAUAUGGACUGACGCUAUUCUUCCUAACCUUCCUUAA